ACCCGACCGCUCACUUGUCAAAUGUGAAAGUAAAGGUUACGUUCAAACUGUGUCACUAUAUGUUUAUAAACAAUAGUCGCUUUUUCUGAGAUAAAUGUGAUGACCACCUCACGGAUAGUACGUGGCACUAAAGCCCGAAUCUUUCUGUACAUAUGUGCCGUUUUAAUCAUAACCGGGAUCAUCGCCUGCUACAACAACACACUUUCGCAGCUCGAAGAUGCCAGAAAGUCCAACGAAAUCUGUCAUCAGCAGGAAGAGAACCUAUCAACGCAGCUUCAAGUUAUAUCCGACUACAAGCAACGUCUGGAAAAAUCGUUAAAGACUGAGAAAGCCGAACAUCAACAAGUUAGGAAUGAGUUAGAAAACAAACUGAAUGAGGAGAAGUCGAGGAACGAAAAAGCGACGAAUGAGGCAAACUUGAGGUUUACGUCAUUGCAGCAACAUUUCAGUAUGAUGCAAACGCAGUAUGAUGACUUACAGUCAAAGUUGAAGGAGGUCCAGGAUGAGCUGAAAGAGGUUAAGGCGUCGAAGGAGAGCUUGAAAUCGAAAUUUAUGGAGGUGCAGACUAAAAAUGAGCGGUUGCAAGGCGAAAAUGGGGACUUGCAGAGGCAGGUAGAGGAGCACACAAAUGAUAAUAGGGAUGCCCAAAGUCAGGUUAAUCAUCUGACUAAGGAGAAUCAUGCAUUACAGAAGGAACUGGAUGAGCUCAAGCGUAAAUGUUCUGCGUACGAAUCCAUCCAGCCCCCCAACAUCGUCUCCCCCGAAGCCUCCUCGCCUCGCAACGCGCCCUCCUUCAGCAAACAAGUCCAAGUCAACCCCAACGAAUACAAAAUCAAACUCGAAGACAAGUCCCAAGAACCCCCACAAUUAGAAUCCCUCAAGCAAGUUCAGCCCCCGAGCCAGAACUUCAUAAAGACACCAUCGAGGUCAACGACAACAUCGAGUCUCAAAGUAUCUCAAGCCAGUUUGAACGGCGCAAGACCGUUACUGGUUCCCACCGUGACGCCAAAAAGUGCCAAGCUCGUCCCUCCUCUCCCCUACGCGAAGAAACUGCCAGAAGGCGUGGUGCCAGUUCCUGAGAAGCGCGAAGUAGACAAGAAGACUGAAGAAGAGCGAAACGAGUUGCCGGACGAAACCGUCAACAACAGGUACCGGAACAAAAUCAACGAGAUAGCGAAGGAGGAGAAGAAGUUGGAUGAGGUGGACAAGGAAAACGUGGCUCACGAGGUGUUCGACCAACACAACGCUUACGAUAAUUUCGGGUUCGGGGAGAUGAAUGACGGGGUGAAGAACGUGGAGAAGCAGAAUUUCAAGCAACACAUCGACCACUUGGGGGUGGAAGGGAAUAAAGUGUACGAGAACGAGGAUAAUCAGCAGAUCGAAGAGAAUGAUCCUGAAGAUGACGAUCCGGAUUAUGCGGAUCAUUUAGGACGGAUAAAGGACCCGGUGGUGAGGAACUGACGUUUGGGAUUCUAAAUCAAAGGUACUCGACUGGACGACAGAGCGAACGAAAUUUUUCUUAAAUUCGUCGGGUGGGGUACUGGUACUUAAGUCAAAACGUUUUUAAGGAUCAUUUUCUGUGGUUAACUUCUAAGGCUCAAAUAUAUUAUUCAGUAUUUCUAUUUGGCUAUCUGUUUAAUGCGCAGGCUUAAACUAAGUACUUGUAUAUAUGUUAAAUACUAUAGCGGUUGUUAGAUUUAAGUCGGAAAUACUUUGUUUGAUUUUUUUUUUUUUUGUUUAAAAUUUCGUGAUCUCGGUUUCAACACCAGCAUUUAUGUGAAUUCUAGCGAAUCUUUAUUUAAAUUGUAUAUUAGUUGUGAUGUUUUACACUUCUUUGAUGACAUUUUUGAUGGAUAAUUCUUGUAUAUAUUAUUUGUAUGGAGAUAUCUCGGUAAUAAAGAGGUAUUUAUUAGUGUAA